UCGGAACACCUGAACACUAAGUUCAGAUCCCACCAUAUCCCCCCCACGUUGACCACUAAUGGGUUUAUACUUAUUUAAGACUGCAGUAAUCGGAUUUUGCAUUUUUAUAAAACUCAAUAAGUACACGACCGUGUUAUCAACAACAGCGGUCUCUUAUCUUCCGACGCAGAUUUUAAAUCAUUUUCGUCAGUCGUCAGACCUCAGACCGUUCGUUGAAACAACUAUGGCCAUCAAACACUUGUCCAAAGAUUCCACUGAACCGCCAAAGGUGCCGGGUUCAUUGCGCUUCUACUCUAUGCGAUUCUGUCCCUAUGCACAGAGGGUCCAGCUGGUGUUGAAUGCCAAGGGCUUGCCUCAUGACACGGUGUUCAUUAAUCUGUCAGAAAAGCCUGAAUGGUACUUGAAAAUCUUCCCUGCUGGCAAGGUUCCAGCUUUGAUUUAUGAUGGCAAGUUUCUCUCUGAAAGCCUGCUGCUGGCAGAUUUCCUUGACGAACAGUACCCCGAACCGCCUUUGCAAAAUGGCAGUCCUCUCCAGAAAAUUUUGGACAAGCUCUUCAUAGAGUCUUUCGGGAAAGUAGGUACAGCAUUUUAUAAGGUAAUAAUGACCACAAAAGAAAUAGAAAAAAACAAUUUUGAUGAACUUGUUGAUAGUUUAAUUCCCAUUGAAACCGAACUAGCUGAAAGAGGAUUCAAAUUUUUUGGAGGUAACAAGCCAAAUAUGGUUGACUAUAUGAUAUGGCCUUGGUUUGAGCGUUUAGAUGCCAUAAAUCCAUAUUCUCGUGGGACGUAUGUUAUACCUUUUGAAGACAAAUUUCCCAGACUGACAGAAUGGAAAUCCUUAAUGAUUGCUGAUAAUACUGUUGCACCGUACUACAUCACUCCAGAAAAGCAUGCUGAACAUUUUACAAAAAAAAAGGCUGGAUUACCUGCAUAUGAUAUCUAAAGCAAUCAUCUUGAUUUUUUGCCCUUAAACAUUGUUUUUAACAUUUUUAUAAUUCAUUGGACAUUCAGGUUAUAUAUCUAUUUGAAUUUUGAAUAAGUAUAAUUUUUUGUAACAUUACAUCAGUGCUUGAUUUGUGGAGGAGGGGACAGGGUCUUCUUACUUUUUUUUUUUGUGCGCACGCCUAUUUUUUUGAAACAGAACGCUGGGAACGCAAUAUUUAUUUGUGAAUUAGUAAACUGUCAGAUUUUCUGAUACAAAUAUAAUAGCCUUAAUAUUUUUACUUUAUACUUACCAAAACAUUGAUUGUUAAAAUUCCUUAUAGAGUUACUACUUAAACUUGCAUAGUAUAGGGGUUGUUCAUGUUUUUUUCGUUUUUUGGAAAAUAUAUUCAUUAUUUUGAACCAUAAGCCUUUAUAGAUUUUAUAGCUUGUACAAUUACGCAUUUAUACGUCUCCUAAUUUUUUUUCCAAAUCAAGCACUGUAUUACAUAUUGAAAUAGGGGUUACUCUUUUUAAUAUUGCUUUAAUGUAAUCAAUUACACAACAUAAAAGUAAUGCUGAAUUAUAAGUUUUAAAUGAUGCUUAUACUUUGCUUUUUUUUUUAAAUACAAUUUGUAGGUUUUUAAAUUCAAUUUUUUUAUUUAUUACUGUUAUCGCCAUUUAGGUAAUUAAAGUUUUGGCACAAUCCUGUUUCUCUUUAAUGACUUAACUUAUCUACUCAUUGUUAUGUUGUGUAUGAAGUGUUCAGUUAAGUAUACAUUGUUUUGAAACCAAUUAAAAAUAAAUUAUGCUAUUAAUAUA